GCAACAGAACGGGAAAUCAGACGGGAAAUAAACAGGUUUUAGCCAGUACUCUACAAAACAUUUACACAAUCGCAUUUUAUGAGUAAUUAAAGAAUUUCCUGGAAACAAAAUGGCAGCGCAUUUCAUAACAAGAGUAUGCAGACUUCUAAAACAACAGUCCAAUGUUUCUGUGAAAAGAUUUUCUACAUGUAUGGCAUUGAAAUCCCAGGAAACAAAACAGUACACAAUUACUAAAGAAGUUGACGGCAUAAGGACAAUCGUGUUGAAUGAUGUGAAAAAGAGGAAUGCCUUGUCAUUAGGAAUGUUAAAGGAGAUACAGGAAAACUUGUAUAAAGAUACAGAAGAUUUAAGGGUCAUCAUUCUCACACACAAUGGACCAGUAUUCUCAGCAGGACAUGACUUAAAGGAAUUGACAAGUAAAGAAGGGAGAGAAUACCAUGCUCAGGUGUUUUCUACAUGUACAUCUAUGAUGUCAUCACUUCAAGAUCUUCCUGUCCCCGUUAUAGCUUCUGUCUCAGGUCUAGCCACUGCUGCCGGAUGUCAGUUGGUAGCUAGUUGUGAUAUUGCCAUAGCAACAGAGAAAUCAGGGUUCGCUACACCAGGGGUGAAUGUUGGUUUGUUUUGCUCGACACCAGCAGUUGCUGUCGGUAGGUCAGUACCUAGGAAGGUUGCCAUGGAGAUGUUGUUUACAGGAGAGCCAAUCACUGCUCAAGAAGCCUUACAGCAUGGACUUAUCAGUCGAGUUGUGCCCAAUGACCAACUGGAAGAUACAACAAUGAAAAUUGCCAGGAAAAUUUGCGAGACGAGUAAAUCUGUGGUUGCACUAGGGAAAAGAACUUUUUAUCGUCAAAUUGCUCUUGACAGGAAACAAGCAUACAAUUUAACAGAACAAGUGAUGGUUGAGAAUUUAUCCUACACCGACGGGCAGGAAGGAAUACGAGCAUUUAUAGAGAAAAGAAAACCAGUCUGGUCACAUGAUGAGAGCAAAGAUCAUUGAUACUAUUUAUAGACAUGUUUGAAGUUGAAUGGAAAAAUGUUUUAACUUGUUGCUUUCAUUUCAUUUACCUAUUUUGGUAAAUUCUAUUGGUAAUGACAGAGAUUUAUGUUACAUUUCUGAGAUGGUGUACCCGAGAUGUAUUUCUGUGUAUCUAAGAGGUAUUUCCGUGUAUGUGAGAGGUGUUUUCUGUGUAUCUGAGAGGUAUUUCUGUGUAUUUGAGAGGUAUCUCAGUGUAUCUGAGAUGUAUUUCUGUGUAUCUGAGAGGUAUUUCUGUGUAUUUGAGAGGUAUCUCUGUGUAUCUGAGAGGUAUUACUGUGUACCUGAGAGGUAUUUCUGUGCAUCAUAAUCUGAGAGAGUUUUUUGUGUACAUAAGAGGUAUUUCUGUGUCUGUGAGAGGUAUUUCUGUGUGUUUGAGUUAUUUCUGUGUGUCCAAGAGGUAUUUCUGUGCAUCUCAGUUAUUUCUGUGUAUCGGAGUUGUACGAGAAGUAUUUCUGUGUACAUGAGAGGUAUUUCUGUGUGUAUAUGAGAGGUAUUUCUGUGUGUAUAUGAGAGGUAUUUCUGUGAAUAUGAGAAAUAUUCUGUGUAUGGGAGAGGUUUUUCUGUUCGUCUAAGAGGUAUUUCAGUGUAUCUGAGAGGAAUUUCUAUGUAUAUGAGAGGUGUUUCUCUGUGAACCUGAGAGGUGUCUCAUUUAUAUCAGGUUUAUCUGAGAUAUUGCCAGUUUAUCAAUGUUCAUUUGAUGUUGCCAAUUUAUCAUGCAAAGUAGGCGUCAGUGGCCAAGUUGUUAAGUUGGUUCAUUUCAAAUCACCUGCCUCUCACCACUGCAAGCAUUAUCAGAUUCAAUAUGUGAGAAAGCUAUCCAGCUAGCUUACAGGACGUCGAUGGUUCUACUCAGAUGCCUGUUUGUGGCUGAUAUAAUGUACAGAGGGGCAAUAAGGUCUUCUUUCAUCAGUAAAUUUGGGAAGCCGCCAUUUAAUCUAUACAUGUACAUUGUUGGUGUGACGUAAAACUCAACCAAUAUAAAUAAAGAAUUAAUUAAUCAUUGUUCAUAUGAUGUUGCCGAUUUCAGAGUGAACAUAUGAUUUUGCCAUUUUAUCAGUGUACAUUUGGUGUUGCCAAUAGCACAAUGUACAUUUUGAUGUUGCAAAUUUAACACAGUUUUUGCACAAUGUACAUUUGAUGUUGCAAAUUUAACACAGUUUUCUGUUCAACUCUGUCAAUACUUUGAUAUAUGCAAUGUGUUUGUAAUUUAAGCUCUGAUUUUAGUCGAUACAUGCAUUGUAUAUUGUAAAUAAGUGAUGCCAUAAUUCAUAUGUCAUCACCUUAGUGCAAUAACUGGUUAACUCCUAUAAAAUUACGAAGGACUUAACCUGUUACUGCAUUAAGGUGAUGAUGUUUUUUUAAUUAUUGUAACAUUAAACCAGUUGUAGUUAUCUGGACAGGGUAAAAAUCAUUGCAGUUUUAACUAUUUUUAUCAAAUUUUUUUGAAGGUACAUGUAUUCUUGAAUAUUAUGCAUUGUUCUGUGAUAAAAGCCUGGUUUCUACAAAAUGGUUUGGUUUACAUAGUUUAUGUGUCAAACCAUCGUCUGAACCCACGGUACACAUUCUGUAUAUACAACAUUAAAUACUGCUAUACAGUAAAUAGCCUGGGUUACCGAAUAUGACUGAUGACAUCAUAUGCACCUGCUAGCAGAAUUAUACGGGUUGGCAAAAAAGGCCAGUAAUCUACAGUAAAUUAUUUAACUGUUAAUCUCUUCUUUGAGCUUCAAAACAUAGAAAUACAUUAUUUAAUUAGAUUUUAAUUGUCACUUAAUUUAUGACCAGUAUUUAAUUGUCAUUUUAUUUUGCACCUUAGUGCAUUAACAGGUUAACUCAUUUGAAAUUCAAUAAGAAUUAAUUCAUUACUGCAUUAGGGUGACAAUAUAUGACCAAUAAUGCUCUUUGUUUUCAAAAUUAUUUUAUAAAUAUAAAAAUUCAUGAGCAGUGAGCAGACCUCAGUAAUGGUGACGUUUAAAUUAAAACUGGAUGCUAUGUCUUACGGUUAAGAGGGUUAUGCUAGUAAUGAUAGAAAUUGCCAAGCAUAUGAAAGUUUUAAUCUUGAUAAGGUAACAUUAAAGCAGUAUGCCUCCAAAUUCAUGCUAAUUUCAUCAAAACAUUGGAAAUGGGUUUAAAAGUAAAUUAUUGUGAAGCGAAAAAAAAGUAACAUAGACAUUGCAAAGAACACAAAAAUCUAUGUAAAUUACCAAAAAGAGGUCUAAAUAUUCCAAAAUAAUCCUGUGUUAGUCAUGCAGUAGAAAUAUGGUGAUAAAAACUGCAAAAUUAGUCAUUAUUCACACAUUACAUAUUAAUUAUAACUUGAAUCUUGGAUCUUUUUUACUUUUCUUAAAUUUGAGUACAUUUUUUUCAAGUUUGAUUUUCUUGAAA